CGGCUGGGUGGGUGUCGCGUCACACUAGCCUGGCACUCUCCCUCUCCCAACAGCCUCCAACCCCGGGCUCUGCCGGCGGGCCCAAAAGGUCCACGUAACCGCCCUUCCCAGCCGGCACCCCGGGACCGGCACAUCCUGCAGGAGGCGGCCACUUGGUGUCCCGGGGUGAACCGCAGAGCUGCUCUUGCCAGCUUGCCAAGGGCGGGAGGAGGAGGAGGAGAGGAGGGAACCCAUCUGCGUGCCCGCCCGUCGGACAAGGAGGAAGCCUCGCGGCGUCAGCCACAACUACUCUACAGCCCAGAGCAGCCUGGGCGGGCAGCGCGGACUACCCCGCGAGGGAGACCUUCGGGGCAGAGGCUACGGGAACGCCCCUUCGGCAGCAACGACGCGCCGGGCCCCACGGAAGAGGGGAUGGAGGGCCCCGCGCAGACCGCCUAGCCGGAGGAUGACUUUGAUUUUAUGCAAGCCAUUUGUUGACCAUAACAUGUGAUGAAAGCGGAGGAACAAUUCAUUAAUUCAGCCUUGGUUGGGGAUGAUAAGAGAUGAAGUCUAACAUAUCUGGAGAACAACUUGUUGAUAUGCUGCCUGAAUUUGACUGAAAUUAAAAACAAACAACUUCUAGGGGGCCAACCAACUGCUGAGUAGAUUGUUAUAAGUGGAAGAUGACAGAUUGAUUUUCCUCUGUACAAGUUUUGCUGAUGAUGAAUGGAACAGCCAAUGUGAAUGCAGCUGGACGCAGCCAUUAUGCCUCCUCUAUACCUAUUCCCAGAGCUGCAUCUCACAGCAAGAUACAUACUUUGGCAGCAUCUCCUAAACUGCCCCCUAAACAGAACUGUGUGGGAGCAUUUUCCUCACCAAGAAUAUCAUCUCCCAGGACAGGGAAGGCACAGGCAAGCUCAACCUGUGGAGCUCCUAAAGGAUCGAAACAGAAGCUUGCGGUUAAGGCUGCAGCUGCUGCAAACCCUAGACCAGAGAAAACAGACAUACCUGGGAGCCAUGGUGAGACAGAGGAGAUGGAUUCUAGCCUUGGUUCAGGUUUGGUGUCUGGCUACACUAACCCCUGGAGCUUACCAAAGGCCAAUUCCAGAACCACCAAGAUUGUGAAGAAAGCUGUUAUUCAGACAAACGAGAAAGUAAAGAACAUCUCUAAACAAGGUGAAAGUAAUAGCAGUCUUGUUGCUGUGAAAGUCCUUGGAAAACCCAGCACAAUUGCUGAACCUGCAAAGACCGCUCAUCUUCCAGGGAAGAGCCCUUCAUAUCUCAAUCUGUAUAAUGAGACAUUAAUGUCCAAGCCUUCAGAUGGAUCUGCCACAAAGAGGCCUCAGAGCUGUCCAGCAAAAGGUCCAUCAGCCUCAGAAUCCAACUGGAAGGAAAAUGGAACAUCUAAGCAAGAAGAUAAUCCUCAAACAAUCUCACUGGAUACAAGCAGCCUUAAUAAGGGACCUGUGUUACAUACAGCACCCAUCAGUUUUUCUUCUCUGCCACAGCACAACCAUCCCAUUAUGGCCACCGUUGCCCCUUUUCAUUAUCGGUGGCAGGGUGAGAAAGAGAAGAGCAGCCUUCCUCAGAAGGAAGAGACAUGUGAUGUGCAGCAGCCCAGCCCUCCUGAAGGGCCUGAGCUCACCCUGAGAGGCAUGAACCCCGAAUCCCAGAGAAAGAGGACAGUACAGAAUGUGCUCGAUCUGCGGCAGAACCUUGAAGAGACCAUGUCCAGUUUACGGGGCUCCCAGGUAACUCACAGCUCAUUGGAGAUGACGUGCUAUGACAGUGAUGAAGCCAAUCCCCGCAGCGUAUCUAGUCUGUCCAACCGUUCCUCCCCUCUCUCAUGGCGAUAUGGCCAGUCUAGCCCACGCCUGCAAGCCGGAGAUGCUCCUUCGGUCGGUGGGGGCUGUCGCUCAGAGGGCACUCCUAGCUGGUACAUGCACGGGGAACGAGCUCAUUAUUCUCACACCAUGCCCAUGCGGAGCCCCAGCAAGCUCAGCCACAUUUCCCGUUUGGAGCUGGUGGAAUCCCUUGAUGCUGAUGAUGUUGAUCUUAAAUCUGGGUACAUGAGUGACAGUGACUUAAUGGGCAAGACGAUGACUGAAGAUGAUGAUAUCACCACAGGUUGGGAUGAAAGUAGUUCCAUCAGUAGUGGCCUCAGUGAUGCCUCAGACAAUCUCAGUUCAGAAGAAUUCAAUGCUAGUUCUUCACUCAAUUCCCUACCUUCCACCCCCACGGCUUCCCGCAGGAACUCUGCCAUAGCGCUGCGCACAGAUUCUGAGAAACGGUCAUUGGCAGAGAGUGGGCUGAACUGGUAUGGUGAACCAGAGGAGAAGACCCAGAAGAAGAUGGAUUAUGACAGCGGGAGCCUGAAAAUAGAGCACAGUUCCUCCAAAUGGCGACGGGAACGUUCUGAAAGCUGUGAUGAAGCUCCUGCCAAAGGUGGGGAGCUGAAAAAGCCUGUUACUUUGGGCCCACCAGGCUCCUUGAAGAAGGGCAAGACACCACCUGUGGCAGUGACCUCUCCCAUUACUCACACAGCCCAGACUCUUAAAGUGGCAGGUAAGCCUGAAGCAAAAGCAACAGACAAAAGCAAACUGUUUGUGAAAAAUGCUGGCCUGCAGCGCUCAUCUUCUGAUGCUGGCCGAGAUCGGCUUUCAGAUGCCAAGAAGCCUCCCUCUGGACUUACACGAACCACCACGGCUGGUUCCUUUGGUUACAACAAGAAACCCCCUCCUGCAACGGGUACUGCCACAGUGAUGCAAGCUGGUGGUUCAGCUACACUUGGCAAGAUCCAGAAGAACUCUAGUAUCCCUGUCAAACCUGUUAAUGGCAGGAAAACCAGCUUGGAUGUCUCCAAUGCAGGGGAGCCUGGGUUUAUGGCGCCAGGGGCCCGUACCAACAUCCAGUAUCGGAGCCUGCCACGCCCUGCCAAAUCUAGCUCCAUGAGUGUCACUGGUGGACGAAGUGGCCCACGUCCUGUCAGCAGCAGCAUUGAUCCCAGCCUCCUCAGUGCCAAGGGGGGUAUUUCUGUUUCACGCCUCAAGGAACCCUCUAAAAUAGGGGCAAGUCGGAGCACGCCAGGGCCAGUGAAUCAGACCGACAGGGAGAAGGAGAAGGCCAAAGCCAAAGCAGUGGCCCUCGACUCUGACUCUGCCUCACUCAAGAGCAUUGGCUCCCCUGAAAGCACCCCAAAAGCUCCAAGUGACCACCAGACCCCCGCAAAGGAGGCUGAGCUGCCACCCACACCCCUCAGGUCAGCUGCCAAAAGCUAUGUAAAAGCCCCUUCUCUGGCAAACUUGGACAAGGUGAACUCUAAUAGUCUAGAUCUCCCUUCUUCAAAUGAUCUCCAUCAGAUGCAUAGUGGUAAACUGCAAGAGUCACACCCAGCUACUGUAAAUACCCAUCUCACAUCAUGCUUCACACCAAGCCCUGCUCCAGUCCUUAACAUUAAUUCUGCUAGCUUCUCCCAGGGCCUGGAGCUCAUGGGGGGCUACAGCAUCCCCAAGGAAACCCGCAUGUACUCCAAGCUUUCAGGAUUGCACAGGAGCAUGGAAUCCUUACAGAUGCCUAUGAACCUGCACAAUGCUUUCUCUGUAGGCAGCACAGCUACACCUACCACUGCCUCUACACCUCCUGUUGCUGCUGAGGAAGAGUCCAAUGAGAUGGCCUGGACUGGAAGCCCAAGAAUUACACAUCUGGAAAGCUCUAACCGUGACCGGAAUACGUUACCCAAGAAGGGACUGAGGUAUCAAAUCCAGCCCCAAGAAGAGACCAAGGAGAGGCGACACUCACAUACAAUUGGAGGAAUGCAAGAAUCGGAUGAUGCCUCUGAACUGCCUUCUCCUCCUGCUCUCUCCAUACCACUGGCUGGGAAAACUCCACUCACCAAUAUUGUGAGUCCCACAGCAGCCAACACCCCAAGGAUCGCCCGUUCUAACAGCAUUCCCACUCAGGACUCCACCUUCGAGCUCUACAACGCCUCCCCCAUGGGCAGCACCCUCUCCUUGGCAGACCGACCCAAGGGCAUGAUCCGCUCAGGCUCCUUCCGCGACCCUGUGGAUGAUGUUCAUGGAUCUGUGCUGUCCCUGGCUUCCAGUGCUUCCUCAACUUAUUCCUCAGCUGAGGAGAGGAUGCAGUCAGAGCAAAUCCGCAAACUGCGCCGUGAACUGGAGUCAUCCCAAGAGAAAGUAGCCACACUGACAUCCCAGCUCUCAGCCAAUGCUAAUUUAGUAGCAGCAUUCGAACAAAGUCUGGUAAACAUGACAUCCCGUCUGCGGCAGUUGGCUGAGACUGCAGAAGAAAAGGACACUGAGUUGUUGGACUUGCGGGAAACUAUUGAUUUCUUGAAGAAGAAGAAUUCAGAAGCCCAGGCUGUUAUCCAAGGGGCCUUGAAUGGAACUGAUAUUACACCCAAAGAAUUACGAAUCAAGAGGCAAAACUCAUCGGAUAGUAUAUCCAGCCUGAAUAGUAUCACCAGCCAUUCUAGCAUUGGUAGUGGCAAAGAUGCAGAUGCCAAGAAGAAGAAGAAGAAAAGCUGGUUAAGGAGUUCUUUCAACAAAGCUUUCAGCAUCAAAAAGGGUCCAAAAUCUGCAUCCUCCUAUUCUGAUAUAGAGGAAAUUGCCACCCCUGAUUCUUCAGCACCAUCAUCUCCAAAACUACAGCAUGGAUCCAUGGAAACCGCCUCUCCUUCCAUCAAAUCUUCUAACUCUUCUUCUGUAGGCAUUGAUAGCACUGAACUUUUCCAGGCCAAUGAAGAAGAACCUGAGAAAAAGGAGGUUUCAGAAUUACGCUCAGAGCUAUGGGAAAAAGAAAUGAAACUGACUGACAUUCGUUUGGAAGCCCUAAACUCUGCCCAUCAGCUGGAUCAGCUGCGUGAAACGAUGCACAAUAUGCAGUUGGAAGUAGAUCUAUUGAAAGCUGAAAAUGACCGGCUAAAGGUAGCACCUGGGCCAUCAUCUAUCCCAAGUCAUGUUUUGAGUUCAUCCGCUGCAUCUUCCCCAAGGCGCUCCUUAGGAUUACAGCUGAGCCACUCUUUCAGUCCCAGUUUAACUGAUACAGAACUGUCGCCAAUGGAUGGCAUCAGUGCUGGUACCCAGAAGGAUGAAAUGGUACUACGAAUAGUAGUGCGCAUGCCACCUCAGCAUAUCAUCAAAGGAGACUUGAAGCAGCAGGAGUUUUAUUUGGGCAGUAGCAAAGUGAAUGGCAAAUUGGACUGGAAAAUGCUGGAUGAAGCUGUCUGUCAGGUUUUCAAGGAUUAUGUCACCAAGAUGGACCCUGCUCUGACUCUGGGACUCAGCACUGAGUCUGUCUAUGGCUACAGCAUCAACCAUGUUAAAAGAAUCUUGGACACGGAGCCACCAGAACUACCUCCUUCCCGACGGGGUGUGACCAGCAUUGCUGUGACUUUGAAAGGUUUGAAAGAAAAAUGUGUGGACAGCCUGGUUUUCGAGACUCUUAUCCCCAAACCAAUGAUGCAGCACUACAUAAGCCUUCUACUCAAGCACCGGCGCCUUAUUCUCUCUGGACCAAGUGGAACUGGCAAGACCUACCUGACCAAUCGUCUGGCUGAAUAUCUGGUGGAACGUUCAGGCCGUGAGGUUACUGAAGGCAUCGUUAAUACUUUCAACAUGCACCAGCAAUCAUGCAAGGACUUACAGCUUUACCUCUCCAAUCUAGCCAAUCAGAUUGAUCGGGAAACAGGGAUUGAUGUUCCAUUAGUUAUUCUCUUAGAUGAUCUCAGUGAGCCUGGCUCCAUCAGUGAGCUUGUCAAUGGAGCACUUACCUGCAAGUAUCACAAAUGCCCUUACAUAAUUGGAACAACUAACCAGCCUGUUAAGAUGACUCCAAACCAUGGCCUCCACCUCAGUUUCAGGAUGCUGACUUUUUCCAAUAACGUGGAGCCAGCUAAUGGCUUCCUGGUGCGCUAUUUACGUCGGAAGCUGCUUGAAUCUGACAGCGAUGUCAAUGCCAACCGGGACGAGCUGUUACGUGUGUUGGACUGGGUGCCAAAGCUCUGGUAUCACCUCCAUACCUUCUUGGAGAAGCAUAGCACUUCUGACUUUCUCAUUGGUCCUUGUUUCUUCCUGUCAUGCCCAAUUGGUAUUGAGGAUUUCCGAACCUGGUUUAUUGAUCUAUGGAACAAUUCAAUUAUCCCCUACCUUCAGGAAGGAGCAAAGGAUGGGAUCAAGGUGCAUGGGCAGAAAGCUGCUUGGGAGGACCCUGUGGAAUGGGUGAGAGACACGUUGCCUUGGCCAUCAGCCCAGCAAGACCAAUCAAAAUUAUAUCAUCUUCCCCCACCCAGUGUGGGGCCCCACAGCAUAGUGUCUCCUCCAGAGGAACGGAGUGGCAAGGAUUCUACACCCAAUUCUCUGGAAUCAGAUCCCUUGAUGGCAAUGUUGCUGAAGCUCCAGGAAGCAGCCAACUACAUUGAGUCUCCUGACCGAGAAACAUUGGACCCCAAUGUGCAGUCUGCACUCUAAAAAUAACUGGAUUACAAUGGAAUGGAGACAAAUGAGCCAAUCUUGGUUGUCUUCGCUCCUAGGCCUUCUUUCUUUUUUCUCUGGAACCUGUGGUCUGGAUAAACACCACAGAGUGCCCAUCACUUCCUUUGGGAUCUGUGCAGGUGAACAGUGAAAGAGGAGACAGUUGGGUCUCCUUUGCAAGAUACUGCUCUCCCUUCACCUCCAAUAACUCUGGUGAUAAGAGAAUGGUGGGUUUUAUUCUUGGGCUUUCUGCCUCUGUCAUAAACUCCUGGUUUUACAGUAUAAUUGGGGAGAUCAAGAAAUCCCACACAUCCAGUGUUCCCAACAUAAAUGUUCUUGUGUAAGGCAAGAGACUGGAGAUAGCCACACAGAGCUGGCUGCUGUAUUUCUGCAGGGGCAGUGCUAACAGACAGGGCAAUAGCAAAGUCUGUGGAGCCCUAAAAUGAGGAUUUUUUUUUUAUAAAAUAAAGAAAAGCAAACCCCAGAAAUCAUGAGAGUGGAAGCGUCAUUGCUGCUCUUGGAGCCGUUUCCUGCAGUUGCUGCCCUUCGACUUUCUUGCCACAAUCAACAUAGGCAAAGACCUAGUAAGACUGUUAACACUUGUCUUUGUACCCUCCUUAUUUAAUCUGCAUGAAGGUCUUUUUUACUUUCAAACUCCCAAUAAACACUUUUCUCCUCCACUUUAUUUUAUUUGGUUGAUCUGGGCCAUGCUGUUUGCUCUUCAGUUCUAGGAAUUAUGUUCUGUGUUUAGUCAUCUCUCCUUUUGGUUCCAUAGGAAGGAGCCUCCUGAGUUAAUAGUGUUUUCAGUUUCAGUUUACCUUUUUCUUGUUAUACUUUUCUAUGAAUUUCACUCCCACAAUCCCUCCAACUGAAAUUGGUGCUGACUGGAUUACUUCCAGUAACUUAAAUCCACUUCCUGGAUCCUUGCAGCUUGCAUCAGAUGCACACAGAGUUGAAUCAGCAGCACAACCUAUGCACAAUUUGCAUGUGGGUUCCCCUUCUUGUGCCAUUCCAUGUCAUUUCUUUCUGAAAAGCACAAGAGGUCAGAAAACUGUGAUCAAAGGGACAAUGGAUUGUUGUAGUGCAUCUCUUAAUGGACAGCAACAUUAUCACUUUUUCCAGUUUUGUACGGUUUAUCAAUGUGCUUGCAAAUCUCUUUUUUUUUCCCAUUCAUUUUCUCUCACAUUAUUUUGGGGACACAGGGUAAUAGAUCCUUUUUAUAGGAGCUGUCUUGAGUCUGUUGCCAUUCAGAUGUGCUGGAACUCAACUCUACUAAUCUUCAGUCAGCACAGUCCUGCUGGCUGAGGAUUACAAAACUUGGGAAAAAAUACAUCUGGAAAGUAACAGUUUAAGCAAUGCUGAAUAUAUACCUUUAAACAUUUAGCCUUGCAUGUCAUUUAUAUGAUUUGCCAAACAAAUAGCCAUCAAUACACAAGUAUUCCCCUAACUAGUUGAUUUUGAUUGCAACUCCAAUCAGUCUUGACAUUGAUCUCUAUCAGGCAUUAAGUUUGGGACAACUGAAGAGCAAUCUCAUAUGAAGCGACCCUCCCCUCCCCCAGGAUUUAUAAUAUACUUAAGGAACUCUUUAGACUAGCUAUAUAAAUCUUCUGAUCACAGAAUUUGUCUCAAGAAAAUGUCAGAGUAGUUUCUAUUGAUAUUGAUGUGUUUUACAUUUAAAAUUGAAAUUUUAGAUGUCAAGCCAGCACUUGGCCUCUAAUGUUCUAUAAAUGUCCUAUCAAUGUUCUUUGAGGCACAUUUGCCAACUUCUAGAUUAUAGGAGGAGUCAGUGCACUCCACAGCCAUAAGCUUUUGCAGCCUUUAGGUUUGAUCAAAUAAAAUACGUCUGAAUUUUAGCUUCUGCGAUAGGAAGACAUAAUGAUUAAGUUCUCCAUAAUGCACAUCUCUGCUUUUUCAGUAGUGCCAUGCAGACAUAUGAAGAGAUACAGUACCUUGUUGAAAGCUUGGGUAAAGGCAUCUCUCCAGUGCAAAACCACUCAAUGCAAUUCCCCAUUUUUGAACAGCAGUAUGGCUGUUUUACUGGAUAGAUCUUCUGUGCAUGCAAAACUCUUUGAAAUCAGAGCAAAAUGAUUUCUUGAGGCAAUUCAGCCUCACUUUAAUCUCAUGGCAGAGUGCCUCAUUGAGGAAAUGGAGCCCAAACAAUCCACAGCAGACUGUUUUUUAAUCUAAGCACUACAUCUGUUUAGUUCUUAUUCCAGCCGAGCAUGUGAGAGGAGACAACCAAAAAGUGUCAAAUUUCUUACCUCGGUUCUUUCACAAUUUUUUUCUUCCAUCGGCUAAAAUUUUAGUAGUAGAACAUAUUCACCCAGAGGCAUCUGCAGCAGUGCUUUUGUCAAACCGACUAAAUGAGCAUUGUAUCAUUGUGAUGCCAGCUCUAUUCCUUUUGUUUGUACACGAGGCCUCACAACAUAUUUACAAAACAGACACAAUGGCGUGGUGCUCAUUUAGUCAUCUCCCCCUCCACUGCCAAUGCCCCUGUGCUAAAUCUAUCAUCUUCUCAUGGCUCCUGUCGCUGCCUCUUGCUUUCUCUCAUGGUGAAGCCUGUUGGGUUUAUACUGGCAAAUCAGUUACAAGGCCUAUAGAUAGAUUGUGCCAAAUACCUUUGGCCUUAUAUAGUUCUGAGCAUUCAGGUGAUAUUGCCCAGAUUUUCAGUAUUUUCUCUUUUUAAAAAUGUGUUUUUAGGAAGUGAGAAGGAACAUUUUCCUACUUCAUAUGCUACAUUUUGCACUUACCUAGUCCUUAUAUAGAAUGUAUUUAUAGUGUCUUUUUUCUUAAUGAUCUUGCUAUAAAGGAAUCUUGUGAAGUCAGUGCUGGUUUAUUUUCCUCUUAUGUAAGUGUAAUAUAACAAUUCAGGACACACUUAAAAGGUUACAGUGGAGAAUUCAUUUUUAUUUAUUGUACUAGAUAACCAUCCAAAUUCUUUUAUAGCAUAUACAAUUCCUUCCUCAUCUUAUCCCAUUGUUCUGUAGCCAUUGAGGAUGCCUAGUUUUCACUGGACUGCUUUAGAACAUAGAUUGUUCCUUUAGUCUCUCCCCCCACCCCCAUUUCAUUUUGAACAAUUUGUCCUUCUUAGGCAUGGGUUAGGGGCCCAAUUUGGAGAAAAAAAAUACUUAAUAGGAUAUAAGUAAAGAUAAUGAUCAUUGUAAAGAGCAUACUCUCGAGCUGUGGUCACAUGCCAACAAGGAGCAACACAAGACCUAUCUAAGUAUGCCUAUAGCCUAUUUCUCUGUCUAAAACUGCUUUAACCCCUCCUUAACUAAGCAGAAAUGUAAGCUAGAAGGAUUUGUAUUUUUGAUCUAAUGAAUGCUUGCCAAGAAUACUGACCAUUUGGAUAAAAAUUAGUAACAAAAAAUAAUAUUACUGAUGGAAGGAUCGAAUUUUGCACUGCUUUCCCUGAGCCAAGGGUAUGAAAUGAAAUGAACAAUAUAAUGUGUAAGAAGUACAAAAUUAAUGUUUUCUUGGCUUCCUAUAUUUUUGUAGAGCUUUUUCAUUCACCAUUUUCUCUAUUUUAUUAUCAAUGAAGUCUUUUUGUAACCCUCCAUCUGUUUAACAUAGAUUUUAAUUGUAAACAACAUAGGAUCCAAAGUGGUCUUGAUCAACAAAGUUAGAUAACUGUGCAAACUUUCCACACUUGUCUCCAAGAUUUUUAUAAUUUACCUAGCUUGAGAGUUAUAGUUUAACACAUCUGCAUGGCACUAGUGGAAGAUGGCUUUUACAAGGAUCUUCAGGAGACAAUAGUGAUUUCCAUUCAUAAAUGUUACAUAGUUUCAGGUUUUUUGAGGUCUCCGUGCCUCUUAUUUCCUUCAAGCAGAAUGUAUUUUGUUAAGAUGAAACUAUCCACUUUGUAGCCUAGAACUAUCAGUCUUUAUAGCAGCAAUGACUGAGGAAAACUUCUUUAUGAUGAUCUGUUCAUAAUAUGAAUCUAUCCUUCUCUUUACAUGAAUAAAGUCAGAUGGAAUAGAUUAGAAACCAAGCAAGUUAUGAAUUAUGAACCAGAACCCAUCCCAAUGUAGAAGGAGGUAAAGGGGACUGCUUAGCCACUAUGGAUUGGUAUACUAUAAUGUCAGAAGGACUGAUAGUUCAGAUUAAUUAAUCUUUUGUAUGUGGAAAAGCUCUUGUGCUUUCAGAUGAAUCUGUGCUGCUAUGAAAUUGUCAUUAUCUGAACAAAAAUGCAGUUUAAUAACUGGGCUGUGAAGUUGCUCAUGAUCCUGAAACUCUGUCUUAAUAUUACCACUUCAAGGGAGGAGGAUCUAGCCAUGGAUUAACAGAUCUUACUCUUUUCUGACUACUAAAAGAAGGCUGGGGUAAUCUUUUAAAUCCAGGCUAGACCAAAUAGCUGAAUAGUUUAGUUCAGCAUAAAGAGCCUAAGGAAGGAAGGGUAACAUCCAAUGCCUAUUGACUAUGUUGCUUGGAACUGCUUAGAACAGUCAUGUCAAACUCGCAACGUCACGUGAUGUCGCGCAACGUAUCGGGCCAGUUUUGCCAUUGCCGGCAAUGGGGCAGGCGUGGCUUCCACGUGACACGUCCGGCCCUCUGGCCAGCAGUUUGACACCCCUGGCUUAGAAGAUUGACUGACUAAUUAAACCAGCAGCUGCCUUUCAUUCUGAAACACCUAAACCUAAUGAACAAAAUUAUUCUCCUAUCCCUGCAUCAACUACCUUGUAUUGGACAAUAUAAGUCCUAGCCAAAAACCAGCUCUUCUUCUGAAAGCAAAGGUUUCUGUUAAUAAAUUGAAUUCCUGUGUUGCUCACUUACUCCUUUUGCUGGAAUAAGCAAUGCCACUCAAAGGAGUUUUACUUCAUUCUAUUGAAUUUACUUAUCUAGCCAAAAUCUGCCCAGAGCAAUUUUUAGAAACUGGAACUGCCUUUCCCAACUUGGUGUCCUGAGAUAUUUGGACUGGAACUUUCAGUUAUCAAAUGCAACAGGAGAUAAUGAAAGCUGUGUUCUAGCAUAUAUUAGAGGAUAUCUGACUGGGAGGAAGGCAAUAAAAAUGCAAGCAAAGAAGAUGUUGCCACUUUUGAAAGCUAAAGUCAAAGUUUAUUACUUUAGACCUUUAAGACAAGACAGUAAAAAAUAAGCAUUUUAUUCAACUAAGAGUUGGCCCAUUCAGAAUUUCAUAACUAGCCAUAAAAUAGUUUGACCUUGCUUUCAAAGGAUUAGGGGCCAUUUGUCUGGGUGAUUUUUCAACAGAGCUGCCAUUCUAAAAAUAGUAACCAAAAAGAAAACUGAGAAAGGAAAAACAAAAGUUUUAGAUUGAAGACAGCAGGUCUUCUCUCUAUUGACUUGGCCAUCUAUUCAGAUGAUCAGCCUGAGAUGAAUUUGGUGGCUAAAAGCAAAUUAUAGGAAAUGUGUUGAAACAUGGAUGGAAAACAGCCCCUCUCCCCAUGCCAUUUCCAUUUUGGAUGCUAGAUAUUUUCAUUAAUAUUUUGUAAUAUUAUUCAUAUAAUAUUUAUUAAAAAUUUGUAUUUUCAACAUUUCCUUCAGAUUCCAGUUUUGCUGAAUACAGUUAAAUACCUACAUCCCAGUACUGCAGGUCUUAUGAAUGUAAAGACAUCAGGCACAUGACAAAUAAAAGAAAUUUAAUUAAUUGGUAAAUUUAAUUAAUUGGUAAAUGCAAGUCAAGAUGCAGUGAUAGUGAUUCAAAAUAAUUGCCAAUUCAAAUAGUCACUUUUUUUUAACAAACAGUUAAAAACAAGGCUCUCUAGCCAAUUACAGUUUCAAGCUAGCUAUCCUAUUGUAAAAAUGCUAGUGCAGGGGUCUUCAAACUUGGCCCUUUUAUGACUUGUGGACUUCAACUCCCAGAAUUCCUCAGCCAGGCACGCCUUGCUGAGGAAUUCUGGGGAUUGAAGUCCACAAGUCAUAAAAGGGCCAAGUUUGAAGACCCCUGUGCUAGUACUUCCUAUUUGACUGAUUGCAGAUGAAAUUACAGAAUCUCUCACCACUCAACUGUCAAUAGUGACAGUAAACCAUUUCCUGAAGAAGAAUGUCAGGCAAUGGUAGUUGCCAGUCAUAAUAUCAACUAAAUAAUUCAUAAUAUUGCUAUCCAAAAAGUGUAUCAAGGAAUCUUAAAAGUCAAAGAGGCCUUUUGGUUGUUAGAAAAAUGUAGUGUAAUGUAUUUCCCCUUACUUUCCAUUGGUAGCAAAUUGCAUAGCAACUCUAUCAUUCAAAUACUUCUGUAUUCAUUGAUUUUUAAUGGGUGGAUCAUCUAACACUCUAGUGGGAGUUUAUGAUUGAUUUUCUCAUGCAAAUCCAAGGUGCUCAUUUAUCUUUGUAUAACUAUACAUAUGUACAUAUUUUGUUUUAUGUAACUGAUGCUUUGGAAAUAUUAAUUUGCUUUGGAACCCAAUGGAUGACUUAAUAGAUUUAAGUUAUGACAAAAGGUGCACCCAGACUGGUUUAAAGAAAACUGUUGCAUAGAAAAUGAAAAUCUAACUAGACUGAAUCUUUAAUGUCCUGGUUUAAUUGUCUGCAACAGCAUAGGUGCUAUAUAUGUAACAUUUUUGCCAAUGAUUUUAAACUUAUGUAAGAACUGCACAAUCCUUCUGUGCAGCUGAUGUGAAUGUGAAUAUUCUAUCUCAGAGAAGUCUCCUCGCUCAAAAUCCAUACAAAUUGCUGGUGACAGGGUCAAGAGAUUAUGUGUUUGCACAUUUUGUCUUCCUUCAUUUUUCUUUCCAGCCAAAUUUAUGCAAAUGGGAGAGACAUAAUUAUAACUUUCCAAAACCUCCAUACUUGGACACCUUUUUCAAGAAAGUGCUGUAAAAUAUAAGACCUGAGGUCCUCCACUCCACUAGGGUGAUAAUAUUUUUAUUCCUUGUUAGGACUUUUCAGGCUUUAAUUGGCUUUAGGAAUUGAAAACAUAAAAUAAGCCUCCACAAUUCUUAGCUUAUGUACAAGAGAAGCAAAACAUCUUACAGUGUCAUCUGUUCAGUCAUUUAGUAGGCAAUGCAAGUUUUUCUAGUCCUUCUGUAUUAGUGUAGCAUUCUCCAGAACCUCCAAAUUCCUACAAAGGCUAUGCAGUUUUUCUCCAAUCUGAUUAGUUGGAAAUGGAAGUGUCAGGCAGGUAGAUUUUUCUAGACCUCAUAUUUGUUAAAGUUUCUAUUUCAGACCUCUUUCUUCUUUAGCACUAGGGUGAUGUCAGUAGUAGCAGAGAAUCUCAGUGGUCCCACUACAGCAGACAUGUCAAACUUGUGACAUCACAUGACGUCGAGCAACGUAUCGGAGCUUUUUCUCCAUUGCCAGCAAUGGGGUGGGCACGGCUUCCAGAUAACGCAUCCGGCCCACAGGCCGGCAGUUUGACACCCCUGCACAGCAGGUUGCCUGGAUCAUUUAUAAUCCUAGUGGUGGUUCUUGUCAGUUAUAUCUAGAGCUACUUUAAAGCUUGAAGUCCUAUUUAACCCCUUUCUCCAAAAAGCAAUAACUUGAAAGAACGUCACUGACUUUUUAAAAAAGAUAAAAGGACAACUACCUGUGAUGCAAAUACUGAUUUGUAUUACAAUCCCCAGAGACUAGAAUUACAUCUGGAACUGUCCCUUUCAAUUAGUGAGUUGUCUUUUACUAAAUCCACUUUUAACUGAAGCAGUACUGCAAAGUAAAAGUACAGCCACUAUCUUAAAAGUAUAGCUGGCUCUGUAGGGGACUAAAACCAAAUUCAUAAAUCACUAAUACAAAAGUACUUCUAACAAUCUGCUUCUCCAGUUAACCAUGUGGAGGCUCUUCCUUGCAUCCUGAUCUUAUGCUUACUCAGAUGCAAUUUAAACAAGACUUACAUUUUCAAGUAAAUACGCUUAAGGUGCUUUAGGUAAUUGACAAAAUGUAUUAAAUCAGCCUGAUGGAGGCAUUUUCUAGUCUUUUGCUCUCUUUCCCUUUAGGAUAUAUUCUGUUUCACAUCUGGUGUUUCCUCCUUCUCCCAAUUUGUGCACAUGUUCCUUUUUCUCAUCUUUUUGGAAAGUUUCUUGCUGAGCACUAUUCACCAAUCUCAAGCACCUGUUGCAUUGGGGCUAUUUUGCACAGUGAUGUACAAAAUAUCAAACCUUGUGCUUGGUUUGACAUUUCCUCAUUUGCCUUUUUCCCCCUUGUUUCAUUUUUGUAGAAUAAGAAUAUGUUGUAAAUAACCUGUAACUGAAUGGCCUGAAUGAGUCUGAGGAACCAGUCUUGGGACCUGAGUCCUGUGUCUGUGAUACACCAUACUGAGUUUUUUAUUUGUUUGGCUUUUUUAAAAACAAUAUGUAAGUAACUGUGAUUUGCUGACUCAUUUCUGAUUGUACAUGUACACCUCCCAGCAGCUGCUGUGGUCAAUGGAAGAAAUUUGUGGAGCAAAAUUUUAAAAUGCCUUCUUCCAUAGGAACUCGGCCUUUCAUAUUUCUUGUGCUGCUUUCUCUGCAUUAGCUCACUCUUUUCACUAUGUUGGCAGGUGUGGGUUUCCUGGAACAAAGUUAAUGAAAACUAGAUUAAAAAGCUUAACAGACUCUUCCCAGCUAAUCUCUCUGGUCUAGUGCUAUUAUAAUGGAAUCCCAUGAUAAAAAGUAACUUUUGAUUAAGUCCCAGAUUAAAUGGGCAUGAAGUGGUAAAACUUGAUCUUUGCAUGAGAACUGAUGCAUUAUCUUGAUUCCAGUAAGAGAUUACAAUCUUCUGGAAUUGGGAUAAUUCACAAUCUAAUACAGAUGCUCCAUAGUGUCAUUAAUCAAGAAUUUUCAAUGUACAUAUAUUCUGUUUUCUAUUUUAUAUGUUUGAUGAAUUUAUUCAGUGGAACACUUUGCAACCAGGACAUUUUGUUUAUAAGAGUAGUGUGUUAUAAUAUGCUAUUCAGGUAACAAUACCCUAAGGAUAAAAUUAGUGCCUCUCUUAGAGAGUUACUGAUUUGUACAUUGGAAGUGUAUAAAUGGUUGAAACAACUUAUUGAUUAAUGUUGAGUUUAAUCUUCCAUUUAAUAAAGAAAAUAAAUCACAGGGCAGUUCAGGCCAAAAUCAGUUCCUUCCAAGUACUGAUAACCUUCAGUUCCGCUAGUGAACAUGAUGCCUAUGGGCUACUGGAAUCCAAUAGGCAGAGGGUCAACUAAGACCCUUUUUCUAUGUCCUUGUGCUUUUUAAAUUAUGGCUGAGGAUGUGAUUCUGAUGAUACUUUAACUUACAAAAUGAUUUAAUAGUAUUAAUAGUAUCAUAGUGCAGAUCAUAGUGGGACAACAUAGUGGACAUAGUGUAGUAAUAGUGUACAACACUGGUACAUUGAGUAGACAUUCAGAAGAGUGAGAGAAACCUCAAAGGAAAGUGGAGCUGAACAGACUAUAGACAGCUGUUAUGUUUCCUUCUGUGAGUUUUUCCAUUGAUAAGUGACCUGGCCAACAUACAUUAACAAGUUCUGAUUAUAGCCCCCAAAUGCUGGUUUUCCCAAAAGUAAAAAUAAGCAGGAAUAAUCUGUACUUAUUAGAAAUUGUAAUUUAAAGCAGGAUAGUAAUCACAGUUUAUUCAAGUUCAAUGCACUGAAAAGAUGAAUCAUUAUAUAAUUUAUAUAAUAGAUUAUCUAUUCUAACUUUUUUUUAUGGCAGCAACAUAUUUUCCAGAUUAUAAAAGGGAGAUUCUUCCUAGUUCUGUAUUCCUGAGAUCCUUUUCAAACUUUUAAUAACUGUGAAGGAUUGGAACUGACACCUUAUUCAAACCAAGCAAAUGAUCUAACUAAGCUUCUGAAGAGCACUUGCGUUGAGCAGUACAGCACAGUAUCUGUGUUCAGCAAUACAACUAAAAUCUGCUUAAUUUCUUCUCUGUAAUUUGGUUUUAGCUUUGUAUUUCUAUUUACCAGAUCCCAUCACCCCCUUAUUAAGCCUGACCCAAAGAGACCAAGCACGAGCCCAGAGAGAUCACUGGUUGACAAGCAUUGGGAUUGACCACCCAGGACAGAGUGGAGCUAGAUGCCCAAGUACUGUACUAAUUUGAAUGCAGUGUUGAAGGAAAGAGAGGCCAGACUGAAUGCUAUCCUAACUUCAUUUCCAUUUAUUGCAAAUUAAUUUAAACAAGGGGAUCUGGGAAUUUCAUCCAUUUGAUCAUGAAACUUCAAAGGGCAAAGCUGGAUGGUUCCUAGUGGCUCCUAAAUAGGAGCAUUGGUGCUAAAUAGUUGGGGGCUCAGUCCCAGAGAAAGCUAGGUGGAAGCUGUUGGAAUAAUGAUAAUUGCACUAAUUCAUCACUCCAUCAGAAAACGUAGCACCUUUCCCUGCCAAAGACCCUUCUGCUCUAGCCAAAUCAUGAAGAUCCUGGCUUGAGGUGAAGCUGGGAUAGCACCAAAGUUUAGGGUCUCCUUGGCUUACUAGCUACUGCUGACUGGAGGCUCAACUUUACAAUUUUAGCUUUUUUUAAAUUAAAAUGCAUUUUUUUAAAAAUUAAAAAAGUGAAAAAUAUUCUAUUUAGGAGAGUUGUGUAUUGGCAGAGUUAGUGUUUCUUAACUGCAUGGUAUUCCUUCUAGGGGGUUUUAUACCACUUUUUAAAUUUCUCAGAUUUAUGGUCCCAGUUUCUAUGCUAUCUUAUCUCUUACUUCUUUCUCUUUCUCGCUUUUUGUUUAUUAUUUGAUAUGUUCUCUUUCUUUCCUGAAAACUGUUCUUUGUAAACCUGCAAUUUCUUUUAUACCUGAUGUAAACAAAAUGAAAUAAAAAAAUCCAGAUGUUGUACAUAACUGCAGAAACAAUCACAAGGAAACUACUGCCAUCUGGACUGUUUCCAACAGAGACUGUUUAUACUAAUGGUAAAAGAAAGGGGGGUAAAAGCCCCCAAAAGAGAAGCUUUUAAAGCAAAAUAAAAAUAAAAUGUCCAAGCAAAGUAUGGUACUUUUCACCAAGUCUCUGCUGAGCUGCUGUGCUGAGUUGUGCAGCAUGUUUUUUCUGGGAAUACUGGUCUGUCUUAACAUCUUUUGACGUUUAAAUAAAGUGAUCUCCUGUGUUGCCUGCA